AUGUUGAGGGAUGACGCGAAACGGAGGAACCGGACAGUCGCAGACAUGCCUGUUGAGAAUCAUGUGCGCGACGAUGCAACAGGAAUCGUUACGGUAAUCAUUGGAGACUGUCACAAAAUGUUGCAGUCUCAUGUAGAUGUGGAUGAUAAUUGUAUUCAUGGUCUGUUCAUGUUCUUUGAAAAGGAAUCGAUUUUCACAGCAGGCCGCCCACGUGGCCCACAAGCACCCAGUAUCAACCCCGACGAACAGCCGGACGCCUAUCGCACAUCCUACGGGUACAGUGACAGUCGUGGUCUUAGCAGGAGACAGUCAGGUCUGGUCUUAGUUAUUCCGCCAAGUAUAUUUGGACUUGGAGCUGAGGCUCAGUGCAUAUCGAGAAUGCAUAAAUUGUUUCGAAUAAGAUUAAACAUUGCAAAUGACGGGCACCACAAACAAAGGGAUGAUUGGCAUGCGUUGCCGUCAUCCGCGCUAGUUGUGUGCGAAACGCACAUGCUAUUGGAGAAAAUGUCGGAGCAAUGCACUAGUGCAGUAGCCCUUAACUACACAGAAAACCUAAUAACGUACUCCAUCUCUGCAUUAGCGUCUUUAUGGUAUCUUGUACAUUAUUCAGAUCCAUCGUCGCAAUCUGCUGUUGCUCACAGAUCGAUAGUCAUUAUUGGUGUAUCAAGUUCGAUAGCGUGGUUUUCUUCACUGUCGCUAUCGUCAUUUGAUCUACGGGUACUCGCAGCAUCGCCUUCUUAUCUUUUUGGGGUCGUCUUCGCCACUGCCUUAGGAACCACUACUGCCUACAUUAAAAAGGUGAACGAGGUGAAGAUGUCCACAAAUGGCUAUGGACAUGGAAUGGCUCGAGCAGCUUCACAUGCCGGUUCAUGGUAUUCAAGUAAUCCCAAGGAGUUGGAUCGUCAAAUAAGUCGAUGGUUGGACGCUGCCGGUGAACGCAUAGGCGUGGCUAGGGCAAUCGUCUCGCCUCAUGCUGGCUACUCCUACUGUGGUGACACUGCGGCCUUCGCCUUCAAACAGAUUGUGCCUGAAAAUGUCGACCGUGUUUUCGUUCUGGGACCGUCGCACGUCGUUUGCUUGAAUGGAUGCGCCCUUACCACUUGCAGCAAAUAUCGCACACCUAUCGGAGAUUUGCAUAUUGAUAUGGAAGUUAACGACGAAUUACGAGCCACCCGACAAUUCGACCUAAUGGAUCGAAGCGAUGAAGAAGCGGAACACAGUAUUGAGAUGCAAAUGCCAUUCAUUGCAAAGAUCAUGGAAGGAAAUCCAAAUUUGACUGUUAUACCAAUUUUGGUUGGAUCGCUAACAGCACCAAAGCAACAAGCAUAUGGGAAAAUUUUUGCAAACUACUUGGAGAGCCCUCGCAAUCUUUUUGUGAUAUCUUCUGAUUUUUGUCAUUGGGGAAAUCGUUUUCAUUUUGCGCCUCACAAUCCGAACAGUGGCCUUCCGAUUUAUGAACAGAUCACUCAGCUCGACAGAGACGGAAUGGACGCUAUUGAAACGUUGAAUCCACAAAUUUUCAACGACUACCUCAAAAGAACACAAAACACUAUCUGUGGCAGGAAUCCGAUCACCGUGAUGCUCCAAGCAGCGGAACAUUUCAGAAUGAUGAAUAAUCAUACUCAUGAAUUUCGUUUUCUGAAGUAUUCUCAGUCAAAUAAGGCACGAAGUGUCAACGAUUCGUCCGUUUCGUACGCUGCCGGUGCUCUUUUCAUGCACCCAAAAUAA